UAGAGAUUAGUUGUUGGAGUAAAAUUAGUAAAGUAAAAGGAAGAAGACCAUUUUGCAAGUUUAUACUUUCUUUCCGUCGGAAGAUAUGGAUCCUAGGAAGAUAUGUUUAACGCUUCUGAUAAUCGUCAUGAUGAUCUUCAUGCUUUUCAUGAUCAAGUCGAUGACUAUUUCUGAUUGCCUCGGUAAUAUCUCAGACAGAGAAAAAUCAAGUGAAAACUCUUCAACAGAUAUUGAAUCGAACAAUGAAUCGAACAAUUUGUCGAUUGAUAAAAUAUCUGAUAUUAAUGAAACAAAUAUUAUAUCAAAUGAUGAAACAUAUGAAGUGCUGUUAAAUAAAAGACAUCGUACCAGCAUCAGUCAUAAUGAAACAACGCAAACCAUUUUGGACAAUCAAAAAAUUUUAUUCAGAAGAAAGCAAAACAAUAAAAAACCGAUCCGCUAUAAAAGAAACAAACCAUCAAACGAAACUGCAGUUGGUAAGAAAGACACACCACCGCUAUAUUAUUCAACUUUGUUCAACGAAACCAAUGCUACUUCAUUUUGCUCGUUUUCUUUUGAUAAAAAAAGUUUACAAGAAGCUAGGACGACUUUGGUUAAUCUACAAAAACAAUCAGUCUAUUUGUUCUAUAUCAACUUGUCUACAGACAACGCACUAGAGAAUUUCACCAGGGAACAGCGUGAUAAUUUGUUACGCUGGCAGUACGUUUUAAAGGAGGAAAAAUUUCUAUUGAAUCUGCCAGUAGAUUUUGAUAUAAUAACGUUCGGUAUGUUAUCAACUUAUGACAACGAAGAAAAGUUAAUAAGUAUCAAAACAUUUUACAAUGACACCAACUGCACUGAUAACUUUCAUUCUGCGAUUGAAUCACUUCGGUUUUUAAUGUGGAAUGAUAUUUUUGCUAAUGAUACAAAAUAUUUUCUUUGCAAUAACAAUUUUGAAGAUGUGAAUGGUAGAACAAUAUUGUAUGCCAUAACAAAUGUAUGGAUUGGUUAUGAUUUGACUUGUAAAACUGUUGAUAUAAAAGAUUCUUAUGAAGAAUUUGAAGCACAAAAAGACGCCGUUCCUUUAAUUGGACCGAUUUGUUGUUAUUUUCUCUCUUUGCAGUUCGUAUGGCUGUUCGUUUUACUAGAUAUUUCAUACAAACGUAGCGAUUUUGAACGACAAAAUGAAGAAUCUGCUGAUACGGUAGAGAACUAUUACAAUCGGUAA